AUGCUCUUUUACCUCUACACCGCAGUAGCCAACCUAAUCGAACACCCAGCGGACCUCGCGGCUCGCCAAGCUGCGUCCCAUUGCGGACAAUACUCCUACUACGCAGCCAACGGCUACGACACUUCUGGCUCUGGCGUUAAGUGGUCAACUACCUGGGACUCGCAGGGCGGCCAGGACAAAGUCAAGAGCUACGCCAACGUUGGCAAGCAGUUUGCGAAGGGACUUGUAGUCGGUAACAUCAAGAGCAUCCCACCAGCACCCAGUAGGACUACCCCUAGAGAUGGCGUGUGGGCGAAUGUCGCCUACGAUAACUUCACUGCUGCAGACCUCAAUCAUGACAAGAGCAGUAGUGAUUAUGGACUGAUGGUUUGGCUUGCACGCAUUGGCGGCAUGUACCCAAUCGGCAACAAAGUCACCACUGUGAACCUCGCCGGCUUCAACUGGGACCUGUACAUUGGACCCAAUGGCUCCAUGAAAGUGUUCAGCUUCAUUCCCGCCGAUGGGUCGUGGAAGUUUACCUUCUAUGCAGACAUGAACGUGUUCUUCAACUACCUAGCAGUAGUCAGGGGUACCCCAUAA